GCCAACGGGUUUUCUUCACUUACACACAGCCCGAGGCGUUCGCAGACGCACCUGUCGCUCGACAAGAGGCCAUGGAUGAGGACCAGGAUGAGCCGAUGAUCGAUGUCACGGUCUUCAAAUCCAUCAAAAAAAAGGUCCGAUCUUCCUACGAUUUACCCCACCGGAAAUUGUACAAUGUCCAGGUUCUCGACCAUGCCACCAGCACCAUUCCCCAAGUCCUAGACACUCUCAGACUCUCAGGUCCAUUUAAAGUCAGGGGUUGCGUUCAAGUCAGCGACACUAUCUAUGCCAAAGACCGCAAAAAGACCACUUCGAACAAGGCAAUGGUUCAUGUCAAGGCAGAGUCAGUAGUGGAGUGGGCACACGAGUUCAAUCCCACUAAUCCAAUGCGCCCAGUCUUUUGGGUCAUGUCAGAAAAGGUCUGCUGGUAUCAGAUUCAGAGUGUCCACGAAUCGUACAAGUGCUAUUUCGAACCUCUGGUCGAUGUUUGCUGUUAUUUGGAUGCUAUCAUUCACGCAGUCUUCAAGCUUGACAUCAAGGACGACCUGGCUGCGCUAGUACCCAAGGUUGCAGAGAUUCUUGAUCAGUCCGAAUCCAACGUGAAGCAAAAAUUGAGCGAGUAUCGGGACCGUAUGAUCGAUCUCUGUGCCUCGGACACAGAACUGGAGAAGCGUGCAUUUUACAGACAGUGGAUUGAAGAGAAGGCCGCAGCAACCUGGAAUGGAAGCCUAAAGGUUAUCAGGGAUACAAACCCCAUCAUAGCGAUGCCAUUGCAGAUCCCUGCUGAUCCCCCGCUCUCAAACAGCCAUAACACCGCGGCAUGGGAACAGAGAGAACUGGCCUCACUCGACUCUCCAACCGUGGCUGCUCUUCCAAAGAACUAUGACAUUGGGUGCUAUGUGGACCACGAGGAGCCCGUAGUGGACACUUUUCAGGAACCAUACGAACGGCUGCCAGCUCCAUGCGCCAGCGAUGUCUGUCCAAAUCAUCCUGUGGACCUGCCCAUGGAAGAGACUCUGAGCAAAGAGCUUGAAACGCUUGUUUGGGCCACCUACUUCCAAGGUGGCUCUGGAUGGUCCGAAGCAGAUGUUUUCGACUGCCCACUCCCAGAAUGUCUGGUCACUGUUUGCAACUCAUUAUGCAGCUCGACGCAGGAAUUCAUUGGAGAAGUCAAGCAACAUCUGAUCCAGCACGACCUUGCAUCAAUUGAGGACGAGGCACUAGUCAUGGAUUAUUUAGCCCAAAAGCGACAGGCGAAUGCGCCCAGACCAAGCAGUAGUACUCGUCCGACUCUCAACAUUCAACUUUACUGGACAUUAAAGGCUGGAGAGCUGCAACCCUCACCCCAACGCGCACCACAAAACGUGAAUAUACCCAAGAACAAGAGACUGAUUCGAAGAGUACCACAGAAACUGGAAUCGCAGCCAGAAAUAGCCUCCACGUCUACUAGCCAUAGAACCAGAUCCUCCCGCCGCAAUGCCCCAGCACUUGCUACACGAGCCGUGCCAGACCCGCCAAUGCAGCGAACUCAGAACAGACGCACCACCGCCACCACCACCGCCAGCAUUACCAGCACCACUAGCAUACAUAUGGAGUAUUUGAGACGACCAACGAAGGAGGAUACGCGUUCAUCAUCGAUCAGGGCGCCUGAGAACGCUGAUGCAUUGGAGGAAGAGGACUCUGUUGAAGUACUCGAAAGUGGUCGUGUUUCACUGAAACUUGAUCCACCACCGAAACAGGAAGUGCACGACACUGGACGCGUGCUGUUGCAAUUCGAACAUGCACAAUGGGGUCCCGUGAAAGACUCGCGGAAGAGGGAGACGGGUCCGCUAUAUGGUAGCUUUAGCCACGAGAGCGGGAACAAUAUGCAGACUCAAAGACCUAAUCCAAACAAGAGAUUUCGUAGUCGUCGUUCUAGGCGCGUCAUUGACUCAAAGAGCCCACCGUCACGUAGAACAUCUCAAGAGCGUGACAGUUCAAGCGAAACGAAUGAAGACGAGUCCGGAAGUGAAAGCCAGUCUGAGAGUUCCAGCGGAACCGAAAGCGAAAACUGGACUGGAAGUGCUCGGACCCACAGACCAAACGCACCGCGUCAUAAUGUGAAUAGGCUGGAAGGCCGUGGUCGGAAUAAUAUGAGAGGGGCAAGUGAGGCUGUGAGUCGGGAUAGAGGGAGAGGACGGGAGAUGCAGCGUAGGGGUACAAGGAGUACAGGAAGCAGCGACGAAAGUUUUCAUACGGCGUCUGAGGAUGAGCACAGAGGCACUGAGAGCGUCACGGACAGUCGAAGCCGAAGCCGUAGUCGAAGUGAAACCCAGAGCCAGAGCCAGAGCCAGAGCAGCAGUGGCAGAAGCAGCAGAAGCAGCCCAAGCAGGCGCAGUCGGAGCCACAGUCGUCGAGAGAGCAGUUCCGACAGCAGUUCGAGUGAGCGUGGGUACCGGGUAUAUCAUGAUCGACCGAGGCUGGUUCUGCCCGAGCAGUCAAGGGGCUAUCUACGGUGCCAGUUCUGCAGCCGACUGAUGUUUAACCCAGCACGACAUAACUGCCGGGCGAUCGACCGAGAAGAACCAUCAAUAGCACGAUAGCAUGAGCCCUUGCAUAAACUGUCUUUUACUCGAAUAAAGAAGAGCUAUCAAUGUUAACAUGUCCUUUGCGAGGAGGGAACGAUACAAAAGUGCCUGUGGGAUGGAAAAUGGG